AUGUAUGCCCUCUCCCUCAGUCACGCUGAUCUGCUGUGCUACGUUAUAUCCCUCCAUGAGAAAUUUUCACUCUUAAGAUUGCUCACCAUUGCUCUAGGUUCACAGUGUCGGAGGCAAGUGAACCCAGAGGAUUAUUUCUUCUUUUGUGUUUGUUGUCGCAGGAAGUGUUACAGGGUCUAUCUACAUCGGUCCGCUGAAUGAAGUACUGGAUUUGAAGUGACUGUGCUCUCGACUAACAGUUGGGUUAUACCCAAACUUGGCUUUUCUGUUUAUUCUGGGCGAUGCUUUUGAAGUGAGAGAGAUUGUCAGUGGGACAUUCGCUCUAUCUGGAUCGUGGCAUGCUGAAUUGUAGAAAGCUGGAAAGUGGAGGAUGGUUUUGCUACGUGCUCGUCUCUCCUGAUUUUCUUGUGUAGGGAGCUCAUACGGGGAAUCACCGCAAGAUUUUUCUAUUGUUGGGGUGACAUGGGGAAGCGAUCAAUCAUCUUGACUGUAUUGCUGCUGUUCUUGGCAUCUGCUGUAGUGUCAGCUCAGAGGCUAGAAGCCAAUGAAGAAAUAAGCUUCUUAGGAAAAUUAUUUUCAAAUGAUUCAGCGUGCAAGGAUGUGGAUUGUCAGCAAGGGAUCUGUUAUCCAAACGACAAUGCAUUACUUAGUAUCUUGUUUCCUUACAAGUGUCAGUGCUAUCAAGGCUGGGCUACUUAUGGACAGCUUGUCGGCUUCUCAGAUAUCCCAUCACUUCCCUGCAGCGUUCCAAACUGUUCCUUGAAUCUCGACUGCGCUGCAAAAUCUCCUGCUCCAGCUCCAAGUACUAUUACACCUGUGACCUCUGCUAAUACGUCUGCAUGCUUGGUGCCUGGCAUUUGUGGACACGGAAAGUGUGAAGUCAUCAACACUAAGGACAGACUCUUUCCUACAUUUAAGUGUGUGUGUGACCUUGGUUACGCAAAUGUGCUCAACAUGACUGCUGGAUUUUGCGUCUCUGAUUGUGAGAUUAACGGAGAUUGUAAGAACUUGAAUAUUACGCUACCUGGGUUAAAUCCACCUCCACCCCCAAACACACCUAUGACACCAGCGGACCAAACAGGAAACGCAGGUACACGUCCAGAAUCUUCUCCUCCUAGGGCGUCGGAGUCUGUACAAGGGGGCUCCAGUCCGUCUUCUAGUUCAGGUCGCAGCGUCAAGGUGAAUACUAUUGGUUUCCAUAUCGCAGCAGCUUUACUUGUGGAGCGAGCUUUACUGAGUAAACUCUUCUGAUCUGCGACAUACACACUCUUGUGGUACGCCACAUUUUUGUCACUUUUCACAAUCCAAAAUGGCGGAUACACUAAUGCAUCAGUCUGUAUUGGUUGAAAUUAAUAGCUACUGAGUUGAAAUAAAGCUCAAUUCCAGGUUGAAGUUUGAUCGGACUUUCUAAACACUGAAAAGUUGGCGCAAUUUUAAAUAUGUCCUUAUGACACGUUCUGUCUGUCA